AUGACCGUGCCACAGGGCCUGGAGAUCGACAUCUUCAAUGGUGCCACCUUCCCCGUCUAUCUAGGCACGCCACUGCAAGAGGUCAACCUCACCCUCAGCAUGGCCGGCGACCUCUUCGCUGUGAACGCGUACGACUGCGUGCUAUGCUCUGGUGAAGAGUACUUUGAUCCAUCGGCGUCCACCACCUACAAGCAACUAGACGAGGAAUGGCCAAACGGCAUCCCGAGCUUCGACGGGCCUUACGGCAGUGACGAGAUCAGCUUCGGCGGCAUACUGAGCACAACGAACACCGAGUUCGUCACACUCACAACAGGCUUCGACCCCUCCAUCGCCCCGCGCAUCCGAAACGGGCACUUCGGCGUCCUCCUCAGCGCAACCAACACCACCUCCCAAUCGCGCCACAUCUUCUCCCAGCUCCUUGCAUCGGACCAGCUGCUCAACCCCGUCAUCGGGAUGCGGUUCGACCCCGCAGACCCGAAGAUCACGAUCGGCGCGCUCGAUCCGAACGACUACGAGGGCGAGAUCAACUGGGUGCCGAUGGAGACGCCCGACGCGACGUGGGACUAUGCGGGCGUUAUUAGGAUCGACGGGAUGAAGGGGCGGAAUGGGAGCUAUGUGCCGAUGGGGAACGGGAGUACGGGUGUAGCCGCGAAUGGGGGCGAGGGUGUGCUGGCCGGGAUUGACACGCUAUACCGCUCCGUCGCCAUCCCCAACACCUACCCCUACCUCACCGACUCCAACCUCUCCGGCCCGCAAGACACAAUCUCAAUCGACCCCGACUACGGCCUCUUCUCGUACCUCUGCAACGUCACCACGCCCUAUGUCUCCCUCGACGCAACGAUCAACGGCGUCGACUACAUGCUCGACUCUGCGCACAACCUGCUGCGGAAGGACGGUGGGUCGCCGGAGGGGUAUUGCGACGUCGCCAUCGCGAACAGAAGCGACGCGGCGCAGCCGAGCGUCGUGCUGGGGCUGCCUUUUUUGAGGAGCGUGUACACCGCCUACCGCUUCCCCACCCCCGCCUGCCCCACCCCCUACAUCGGCUUCGCAUUCCCCAAAAACGCCAACCGCACCGCGGACCAGAUCGCACAGACACCGAGCUCCACGCCCGCCGACGCCGCACAGUGCCUCGCGCUCGCCGCGCCCACGUCGACACCGGCGCCCGCGAGCAUCGUCACGCAGGCGCAGAAGGCGCUCUCGGGGGACGCGUACGGUGUGUACGGCGACGAGACGGCGCCGCCGCAGCGGUUGAUUGGGGUGGAUGCGUUUCCGGCGAUUGUGUGGAAUUUUACGGAGCUGGGGGGAUGA